GGAACCAUGCUUAGCAGGUCUGGGUAUCGGGCUCUGCCUUUGGGGGACUUUGACCGUUUCCAGCAGUCGAGCUUCGGCUUCCUGGGCUCGCAGAAGGGCUGCUUGUCCCCGGAGCCGGGCGGCGUGGGGCCGGGGGCCGGUGAGUGGCCGCCCAGCGCAGCGGAUCCGAGGGAGAUCAGCAGGCACCCCCGAACUCUCUGCCUCUCGGGAGUCAGCGUGUCUUGCGUCCUCGCAGCCUAAGAGGAGGGACCGAGAGGGGUUUUCCACGAUGUGGAGAAGGGCUUGGAUCAGGCGCUGGGACACUACCGCCCAUCCGCCCUUCUUAGAGCUACGGGGCGGCAGCACUGGAGCUCUCGCAUCUUCCAAGAAGCCUCGCCCCACCUCGUUUCUUCUUGGCAUUUAUCAGCCCAAAGGUUUCAGGUUUCCGUUUUGCCCAGAAAGAAACUAAGGUCAAGGUAUAGGAGGUCACCAGCACGCCAAGAGCACCUGGUCGCCGAGAAGUGGCAGAAUCUUCACCUCAGGGGACACCUAGAUUUCUCAAGCUUGAGUAUCUGCCGGUUUCCUGGUGGAGAUGCGCAGGCCAAAAAGGAAGGCCCUUAGAUGCCUGUCGUGCCUUCCCAGGCCCUGUUUUUCUCCAAAGCCUUGAGUAAUUCCCUUGACCCAGAGGUCAGAUCCCACAUGCCUCAGGCUGACAACCAAACCCCAGAGGAUUCCGUGUUCUGUGACCCCCUGUAAUGAGAGCUGCCCCUAUCCAAGAGUUCUUUUCCUGCUGGGGCCACAUGGAUCAGAAAGAAGCAGGAAAGGAGAUUUAGUAUUGCGGUGCUCAGAGAACCCAAAGGGUGUGGUGUUCCUGGAAGGGUGGAGCAGAGGAUUCUGUCUGCUUCCAGUUCAGGGUUGGGAGAGGAUCCCUAAGAUCCUGGGAUUUUCUCAGCUUUCAAUCCCAUCCUGGGGUUCUCAUUCACCCGGAGCUUCAGCCAAGUCUUUCCUUCCUAGUCCCCCUCCCCCACCUUUCUUCUGAAGCUGCUUCAAGUGAAGCGUGCAUUUUGAUGGUCAUUAGAACAUUAAAGUGUGGUGAAGAAUAAAUUGUAAGCUAAGAAAGAACAUCUUAGCCCUCAUCUCUGGCAUCUGUUUAAGAGCCAUGGACGCUUUACCUGUUUUGGUUAACGCAUUACUUCCAAAUUGAAAGCACACUUCGGGCCAAUAGUGGAGGAGGUGUUAAGCCAGCAGCGUUCAGUUCAACCUAGCAUUUGUUUACAGAUGCUGAGUUCCUCCUGGGUUUACCAGAAGUGGGAGGCGGUUUAAAUCAGACAAAAGGAUUGACUCCUGCUCAGCCCAGUGAGGAGAGCGGAGCUGUCCUGUGAUUAACUUCUCAGUUCCAAUGACUGCUGCCUUGCAGAGAAUGGGCUUUGUGAGAUGCACCUCAGAGCUGGCCCUCCUGCUUCUGCCAUGGCCUCAUCAGUUUCCUGGGGUUCUUGCUGCUGCUGAUCACCUUCCCCAUUUCUGGUUGGUUUGCCCUGAAGGUCGUGCCCACCUAUGAGCGCAUGGUCGUGUUUCGACUGGGCCGGAUCCGCACCCCUCAAGGACCCGGUAUGGUUCUGCUCCUGCCCUUCAUCGACUCUUUUCAGAGGGUAGAUCUGAGGACACGAGCCUUCAGUGUUCCUCCCUGCAAGUUGGCCUCUAAGGAUGGGGCUGUGCUGUCCGUGGGGGCCGAUGUCCAGUUCCGCAUCUGGGACCCGGUACUGUCGGUGAUGACAGUAAAGGACCUGAACACAGCCACACGCAUGACAGCCCAGAAUGCCAUGACCAAGGCCCUGCUCAAGAGGCCCCUGCGAGAGAUCCAGAUGGAGAAGCUCAAGAUCAGCGACCAACUCCUGCUGGAGAUCAACGAUGUGACCAGGGCCUGGGGGCUGGAGGUGGACCGCGUGGAGCUGGCAGUGGAGGCCGUGCUCCAGCCACCCCAGGACAGCCCAGCAGGGCCCAGCCUGGACAGCACCCUGCAGCAGCUGGCCCUCCACUUCCUGGGAGGCAGUGUGCCUUCAGUGGCAGGAGGCACCCCGCGCCCUGGACCAGCAGAUACCUUGGAGAUGGUGAGCGAAGUUGAGCCAUCUGCCCCUCACGGGGGUGCUGGGCCCAGCCCCAAGCAGCCUGUGGCCGAGGGGCUGCUGAUGGCUCUGCAGCCCAUCCUGUCAGAGGCCCUGGUCAGCCAGGUCGGGGCCUGCUACCAGUUCAACGUCGUCCUGCCCAGCGGCCCCCAGAGCAUUUAUUUCCUGGAUCUCACUGCAGGGCAAGGGAGGGUGGGACGCGGAGUGCCUGAUGUCAUCCCCGACGUGGUGGUGGAGCUGUCUGAGGAGGACCUGUGGUCCCUGUUGUGCAGGGAGCUGCGGCCCCUGGGGGCCUACAUGAGUGGGCGGUUGAAGGUGAAGGGUGACCUGGCCGUGGCCAUGAAGCUGGAGGCUGUCCUCAAGGCCUUGAAGUAGCAGGUUUGGCUGCCUGUCAGUAGCCCGGCCCCGAGCCGGGCACCAAGCCAGGGAGACCUCUUGGAGGCGGAGGCCCUGGCUCUGCACCUUGGAUUGUUGAAGCCCUGAGGAGUGUCAGACCCAGCGGGAGACAGUGAGUGGAGGCUGGGAGACACUGGGGCUAGGAGAGGCUGAGUCAGGCAGCCCUGCCCUUCUCAUCCACAGCGGUUCUCUCAGCAAGCAUUUGCUAUCCUGGUCCCCUGCCGAGUGCCCUACCUGAACUGGGUACACAGGCAGUGACAGGAGAGCCAGGCCUGCCCUGCUCCUCUGGCGACCUGGCUGGAGAGGAGGGGCUGACGGAAACAACCCAACAGCAGCUGGUUUGGUCCUGGUGUGAGGGAUCUCUGCAUGUGACUCAGGCUCCAAGUUCCAGAAGAGGGGGUCAGAGAGGGGGAUCAGAGCAGCUCGGGGAGGGAGAGAGAAGGGACCAAGCAGAGGUCCCUGCAUUGGGAGGGAUCUGAGAUUGGGCUCGGUCUGCUUUGCUGAUUGCAGUCCAGGCUCAGACUGGGGGGUGGUGGGGGGGAGAAGCGGGGCAGGGCGGCGUCUCCCUGGCCCUGCUCCUGAGGGUGUCUUGACUCAUCUCCCAGCCUCAGUCUUGCAUGCCCGAUGGGCUGGGGCCAGGGCAGCAUGACAGAGAGCCCUGCUGUUCCUGUGCUUCUUACCAGAGGUUUGAAAACCUCAAAUAAAUGUGCUGUUUACAAUGUA